AUUGACUGUUCAAUAGAAAGGUAUGAGUUUGAAGCUAGUGCUGCUCUUGGCCGCUUUUGGCCUGGCCAAGGGAUUAACAGAGGUGCGAUAUGACAACUACAAGGUAUACAACGUGCAAAUUGAGAAUGCAAAGCAAUUGGAGCUGUUAAAUGACAAGGAACAAGUGCUACAGCUCAGCAGCUGGCGUGAAGCGCGUCAUUUGGGUGAAUCCUCGGACGUUAUGUUGCCCCCUCAAAGUCAGCAGGAUUUUGAGAGUCUGUUAACAAAUAACAACUUCAACUAUAGCAUCAAGAUUGACAAUGUACAGUCGCUGAUUGAUGCACAGCGUCCAAAGAAACGCACUGGUUACAUGGAAUGGACGCAGUUCCACACGCUGGACGAGAUCUAUGCCUGGCUGGAUGUGAUUGAGACGCGUUAUCCGGACAUAGUUACACCCUUUACCAUUGGCAAGUCCUACGAAGGACGUCCCAUACGUGGCAUUAAGAUAUCCUAUAAGAAAGGCAACAAUGCCGUUUUCAUUGAGUCCAAUAUUCAUGCUCGGGAAUGGAUCACUUCUGCUACCAUCACAUAUUUCAUCGAUGGGCUGCUCGUUCCACGUAAUCCGGGAGUUAGAGAUAUUGCUCAGAAUGUGGACUGGUACAUAAUUCCCGUGCUGAAUGUGGAUGGUUUCGUUUACUCACACGACGUGGAGCGACUUUGGCGCAAGUCGCGUUUACCCUCUGACCCCACCGGCAAAUGCAUUGGCACAGAUUUGAAUCGAAACUUCGAUUACCGCUGGAUGAUGAUUGGCGCUUCUGACGAUCCAUGCUCUGAUACUUAUGCUGGUCCCUCUGCCGAAUCCGAUCCGGAGAUCCAUCAGCUGACCAGUUACAUAAACAAUUCGAUACCAGAAGGUAGCAUUAAAAUCUAUAUAUCACUGCAUUCCUAUGGUCAAUAUGUGCUCUCGCCUUGGGGCCACACGGCUGACGAGUUUCCCGAGCAUUAUCCACAGAUGAUGGGUGUGGCCAAAGGUUUUUCCGAUGCGCUCUUGAGACGCUAUGGUACCGUAUUUACUUAUGGCUCAAGUGCUACAACACUCUAUGCCGUCUCUGGAUCUGGCAAGGAAUGGGCUUAUGGUGUAAAGAACAUAACCAUACCAUAUACCAUAGAGCUGAGAGAUAAGGGAGAAUUGGGUUUCCUGCUGCCACCCGAGGAUAUAAUACCUGUAGCACGUGAGGUGACCGAGGGAUUCGUGGGCAUGAUAACGGCUGCCCGUGGAAUUGGUGUAAUGUAAGGAGCUUAGCACUCAAUAAAGAAACUCUUCGCAACCCCCCAAA